GGGCAGUAUAGAAGAGAAGAAACACCGCCGGCCGAGUCGUAGCAAGCCGAUCACCGCCCGUGGAAGAAAAGAUAGCUUAAAACCCUAGAAGAUUCUUUUCGACAAAUUGGAAAAGGGAAGAAGGAAGCUAGAUGCCGUCGGAUGGCACAAUUUCGUAUAACGAUUUCCGUGUUGCUGCUCAUGCUUUUUCUCAAAAAUGGAUCGAAUUCAACUCACACUUCUUCCCCAAUUGGUCAUGGAUCACCACCACCACCACAGCUCACCAAGUUAAUGAUGGAUAUUUAUCGCUAGAGAAUUUUGUUAAGGUUAUUAGCUCUAGUCCACCCAUUGAAGAAGAAGAAGAAGAAGAAGAAGAACUGACAGUUUAUGAUCAUCAUCCAGACGAUGAUGUUGUGGAUGAAGCAAUUUUGGUAUCAUCAUCUGAUCAUCAUGACCAUAGCUGUGAGAUGCAUCAUCAUCGUUAUGAAUUCCAUAUAGUCUACAGUUCAUCGUUUAGGGUUCCUGUGCUUUACUUUCGCGCCUAUGACACCGAUGGACAGAUUAUGUUAAUGAACGAGAUUGAAAUGGACCUGUCUUCUGAUUCACUUAAGUUGUUGAUGGAAUCAAAAUGGACAUUCAUCACUCUCGAGGAUCACCCGCAGUUAAACAGGCCGUGGUACAUGUUGCAUCCGUGUGCAACGAGCGAGUGGAUGAAAUUGUUACUUGAAAACGAUUCAUCGAGAGAUCAAAAUGGAGCGAAAUUGGAGCAUUAUCUUGUGUCAUGGCUAUCUGUAGUUGGACAAGUAUUCAAACUUAAACUACCAAUUGAAAUGCUGAAAGAUUCUCCAAAUCCUCCUUUGGACAAAGAUUUUGUUAUUUCAAGUUCAAAAUCUUAAUAAUAUUUAUUAAACCCUGUUUUUCUGUUC